UGUAUCAUAAAUCGUUGCAAAUUGGAUGUCCGCACUAGAAGUCUCACAGUGAUGUUCGAGAUUAUGAAAAACCAUGGAAACGAGUUUCGUUCGGAAUGGUGGAGGGAUUUGUUCAACAUAGUGUUUCGGAUAUUCGAUCAUGCUAAAUUAGACGAACAUCGCGCAGAUAAAAAGGAAUGGAUGAUGACGACAUGUAACCAUGCAAUGUACGCCAUCGUGGACGUCUUUACUCAAUUCUUUCCUCAGCUUAGCGAGCUCGUUCUACCGUCCAUUUACGAGCAGUUUGCAGUGUGCAUCCAACAGAAAAACGAGCAAUUAGCGCGAUCGACUGUGAACUGCUUAGAGACUCUGAUUUUGCUCAAUGGUGAACGAUUCACUGAUGAUAUGUGGCAGAGAACAGUUCAACUAUUCCGUCGCCUUUUUGCAGCGACAUUGCCUAAGUCUUUAUUGACUUGGGAGCCGGAACGUACAGGAUCAGGAGCUCAAAACGACUCGACCAACGAAGAAUUCGAUGGAAAAGCGCCAAGCAUUGACGGACGGCCUAACGGAUCAAUCCACCCCGACGCGGCAUUUUCUGAGCAGAUUGUUUUCUGUGUUGUUCAGUCAGAGUUAGUGGAUGCGGUUACAUCUAUUGUACUAGGGGCGAAAAAGAGCACAGAUGAGAUUGUGCUGAGCGUUCCCAGCGCAAAAUCUGAACAAUUCAAUGGUUCAGACUACACUAGCGCUGUCAGCAAAGGUUUAUUCAGCACCAUGGAACCUGCCCUUCUCUUGAGUCUUUGCGAUGCAUUAGGAGAGAGCCAACGAUUAGCGAAACAGUUUAACGAUAACAAUGGUCAGAGGACGUUGUUAUGGAAGGCUGGUCUUCGUGGAUCGAGCAAGCCGAACCUGAUCAGACAAGAAACGCAUGCACUGCGUGCUAUGCUCUCUAUUCUUCUGCGGCUACUCAAUGAUCCUCGAUCAGAACCUGUACAGGAUAACGUUGCUAGAGGUGUAUUGAACGUUGUAUCUGCUGUUCUUCGCGGCUAUGGUGAAGCUGGUUCUGAUGCACGACGCACAGCUUACGCUCCAGUUGUUUGCGAGCUUCUACAAGAGUGCCUACGUCUGCCACCUCACCUACUUCCCGCACUGGGUGCUGAGUUUCCAUUGCAUCUCUGUGAACUAGUAGAGAUUGCGGAAGGACAACCAUUGCGUUCCCUAUUGGCUACGUUAUUGCGGCAGUUUUUGGUCACUAAGAAGUGUGUAACUGAAAAUGCAAAAGUCAAGCCUGAAGUCAAUGGUGUCUCAGAUUGA